UAUACUGUCAAUAUCACACUUGGCGGUCAGCAGUUCAAUAUCCUCCUUGAUAGCGGAUCAAGCGACCUCUGGAUUCAAACGAACCAGUCGGUCAAGAUUGUCAACGACUCUGGCAUCGUGGCUCAAAUCAGCUAUGGCGAGGGCUUCGUCGAGGGACCGAUCCAGUUCGCAGAGCUUAAGCUUGGCGCAUAUACCGUGCCGUCACAAGCGUUCCUUAAUGUCAAUAAGGUAACUACUAGUCAAGAUCUUCCUUCUGGCACGCAGGGCAUCCUUGGAAUUGCCUUCGAUUCCGCUCUCCUAGACUCCACAGAGCUGUACUUGAAGCACUUCUGGGGUAAUGACACCACUCUCGGACGUACCCCUCUGUCGAACAUUUUGAACCAGAAUACCUCGGCCGUCCCCGCCUUUGAUGUCUCUCUCGGCCGCUCUGGAGACCUAGACGAGUACUCAGCAGGUCUGUUCUUAAUUGGCGAGCACGCACCACAAAAUCAAGCUGUCGAGUCGGCUCCUCAGCUGCCUCAGGCUGUCGAGGGGCGGUGGUCUGCCAUUGUCGAGGGCCUCUCGGUGAACGGUCAUAACUACACGUUCAAGACCAAGUCGAAAGUCACCACGGUCCCGCAAGGCCAGCUCGUCGGCUUCCUCGACACUGGUACCAGUCUUCCUGAAGUCCCCGAGGAUGUGGCCGACUUCAUCUACAGCAACAUUGAUGGCUCUGUGAAGAAUGGCGGGGUCUGGUUCGUGCCUUGUGAAUCGGGUGCGAAUUCGACCUGGUAUCUUGGGGGGCAAGCAUUCCCGAUGCAUCCACUAGACCUUACGGUGCUCAGUCCGAUAAUAUGGUCACCGACGAGCGAUGCCAACGUCAAUAUCACAUUCUGCUUCGGUGCCUACCAGAUUGGGACGCCUCCGUACCAAGGUGUCGACAUGGUUCUUGGCGAUAACUUCCUGCGGAAUGUUUACGUCUCUUUCAACUUCGGUCCAGACAUAGACCGCACGCAGAAUGGGACAGGAAGCUUUAUGCAGCUGCUGUCAGUGACGCAGGAAGACACUGCGUGGGUAGACUUUGAACGGUCAAGGAUGGAGACGAUGAUGGUGCUGGGGAACUACAUCGACCCUGCGGUCAUCCAGCAGUUCCCAGGUGGCCUGGACAAUUUGUCCCAGCAGCUUAACGGGCUCGCGCCUGCGCCAACGAACGGCACCAACAGCACUUCGAGCUCGUCUGGCGCGUCCGGCUCGUCGGCCGAUAACGAGGCGGACGGAGAAUCUCGUGUCCUCGGUGCCGUCGAGUCAUCGAGCCCGAGCUCGGACUCUGAUUCGGUCGUCUCCCGGCUUGACAAGUAUGGGCCCGUCAUCAUUGGGCUCCUCGGGGCAAAUGUGGGCGUUAUGCUCCUGCUGUGGGUAAUCUCCCUCGUCGUGUGCACGCGCGGCGUCAUGCGCAGGGGUGUGCAGACGAGGAACCUGCCCGCAAACUAUGCGCCUGUGAGCUUCAAAGACAAGGGCUCGGACGACCCCGAGUACAGCGCACAUGUACACAACUAUUCGGACUGA